CGUCACCAUGGUGACGACCCCCAGGGCUGCAAACACAACACAACACAACACAACACAACACACUGAGGCUGUGUGUUGGCGCUCAGACGUGCAGCAUGCACAGAUCAUUCCAGCCGCUAAAGCCCGUCACCAACCGCUACCUGCAGCAGCGAUGGGACCAGGACGACUACGAACACCACCGCAGGAAGGUGAGCUCUGCCCUGCCUGUAGUGGACACGAAGGGAACCAGGACACCAGCUCAUGUUCAGCUCAAACUCAAGAAGCUGCAGCUGCAGGAUGAGAGGCUGUCGAUCAUCGACAGAGACAACCGGCUCCUGGCCUCCAAGCUGGCUGACAUCGUUGGCUCUAAGGGCCUGGUGGACCACUGGAACCAGUACCACCUGAGGAGUCUAAACGCUGACAAAAGAAGGGAGGAACUUCUGUGGGUCAGCCGUCAGAACCAGGCCCUGUACCAGCGGCUCACGGCCCGUCAAUCAGAGUACCGCCGCCAGCUGUGGUGGGAUGACUGGGAACGGGCGGAGCGCCGGCGGGAAGACGUCUCCCGCCGUCCCAGAAGGCCCGCGGAGAAACAGAGGUCGCACAGGAAGGUGAAGUUUGCCGCCGUGGAGGACAAGGAGCGGGCGAGCAGCGCUGACCGGCCCUGAGUCCACAGACGGCCCAGGUCCAGGCCCAUAGACCCACACCAGGCGAACCCCAGCUCUGAGGCGGAGUUAGAAGCUGCGCUGCUUUGUUUGUGCACGUGCAUAUAACCUGUCUUCCAUUAAACACCAUGACCUAG